CCACCACCACCACCACCACCAACCGGCGCCGCCUCCACCUCACACCCACUAUAAAGGGGCGGCGCGGCGAGUGUUCUGGGGACGGAAGAAGGGCCAGGCCAUGGCGGGGGAGGAGGAAGCAGCUGUUGCGUGGAGGGGCGAUAAGCUGAUCCUCCGGGGGCUGCGGUUCCAUGGCACCCACGGCGUGAAGCCCGAGGAGAAGAAGCUCGGACAGAAGUUCGUCGUCGACGUCGACGCCUGGAUGGACCUCGCCGCCGCCGGGGAGUCCGACGACAUCUCCGACACCGUCAGCUACACCGACAUCUAUAGGAUAGCCAAGAGUGUGGUUGAAGGCGACUCGCACAAUCUUUUGGAGUCGGUGGCUCAGUCGAUUGCGAACUUGACCCUGCUCAAGCACCCAGAGAUAUCUGCCGUUCGAGUGAAGGUUGAGAAACCCCACGUUGCUGUUCAAGGAGUCCUCGACGGUUUGGGUGUGGAGAUUUUCAGGCAGAGGAAAGCAUGAACAACACUCUACUUGUUCAGAAGCCCAUUCCAACAGACACUAAUUAUGCUCGGGUUCUCUAUUAUAUAUCUUCGCAGUAUUAUUCACGGAGUACUCAUGUCAAGAACGAGAAAAUUUGCUGCUGCAACUAGGCUUGAUUUGCACUAACAGGAAUGCAGUCGUAUUCAGAGAUUCAGACUCGUGUGUACAUGUAACGUGAAUCGUUGUGGUAUUAAUUAAUCGUAGCGUGCUUAGUGAAGUGCGAUCCAUCCGUCCUGUCCUAAUAAAAAUAAUUUUAUUAUAAUGGGAGUUGGUUGAUUUACCCUUUCAAGAAUCAAAUCUA